AUGGGUGAUUGUAUCCCGCCUCUGGAUGAGAUUACCGAUGACCCUAAAUUUGACGCUAUUUCACUGGCGCUUCUGCAAACCGACAAAUCACAUCAAAAGGUGGUGAAAAAGCAGGCUAAAGAUCUGGAGACACUACGAAAGAAACAUGAAAAAGAUGCUUCCGCAAUGUUGCGUGCUCACACUCUUGUAACAGACAAGCUUAAUGCUAAUCAUGCGAAGGAACGCUCUGGGAUCAAGAGAUCCACGAAGAGGUGA